AUGACUGCCGAUGACCCUCGAGAGCUGCCUGACGAUGCGUCACGCAACGGAACGGGCGUCCAGGAUGACCUCGAGAACGGGAAGGGAUCCAAGCUAAUGAGACUGUACUCGAAUCCGUGGACACAAAUCAUCCUCAUUAGCUUCAUCUGCUUCUGUCUACCUGGAAUGUAUAACGCCCUUACCGGCCUAGGAGGCUCCGGCCAAGUAGACUCAACGGUAGCAGCCAAUGCAACCGUCGCCCUCCUCUCGACGACGGCCGUGGCGUCCCUCUUCUUUGUAGGCCCGAUCCUGUCCCUCGUAGGCCCCAAGAUUGCUUUCCUCAUCGGAGGCUGGACCUACGCCCUCUAUAGUGGAAGUCUCUUGAACUUCAACCACACCGCAAACGGAACCUUCGUCAUCGCCUCCGGCGCCAUCCUCGGCAUCGGCUCCUCCUUCAUCUGGAUCGUCCAGGGCGCUAUAAUGACAACCUACGUCCACGAGUCGCAAAAGGGCCGCGCCAUCGCCGUCUUCUGGAUCAUCUUCAACCUCGGCGGCGGCGUCGGCAGCCUCGCCGCCUUCGGCCUAAACUUCUCCUCCACCACCGGCACCGUCAACGACGCGACGUACAUCGCCCUCAUGGCCGUAAUGCUCUUCGGCUGGGCCCUGGGCCUCUUCAUCUGCUCCCCGAAACGCAUCCGUCUCGCGCAGCUCAGCGCCGUGACCGAGGCGGAGGAUACUCGCAAUCGCUCACACGCCUCCGCCUCCGCCUCCGCCUCCGGCUUCGCCGCCAGGGCCAGGGGCCUCGUGACCAUGACGACCACGACGCUGUGCACCUGGCGCGUCGCCUGCAUGCUGCCCCUCUUCUUCUGCGCCAACGUCUUCUACUCGUACCAGCAGAACGAAGUCAACGGCAUGACCUUCACCCUGCGUACCCGCUCCCUCAACGGCGCCCUCUACUGGCUCGCCCAAAUGGUCGGCGGCCUCCUCAUCGGCCUCCUCCUAGACCUGCCCGCGCUCGAUCGCCCCGGGCGUGCCCGCCUCGGCUGGGCCGUUCUCUUCGUCACGGGCAUGGCUAUCUGGGGCGGCGGGUACCGGUUCCAGCGGUGGCAGGACGCGCGGCGGGCCCAGGGCCACGUGCAGGACGUCGACUACGCGCAGGGCGUGCCGGGCAGCGGCGCGAGGACGUCAGCCGCCGGACCCAUGGUGCUGUAUGUGCUGUACGGGGCCUACGACUCGCUGUGGCAGUCGUAUUGCUACUGGCUCGUGGGCGCGCAGUCCAACUCGACGGGACGGGCGGCGGUGCUGGUCGGCGCGUAUAAGGCGUUCCAGGCGGCGGGCGGGGCCAUGGCGUGGCGGAUCAACGCCCAGCGGGCGAGCGCCAUGGCACAGCUUGCCAUGAAUUGGGGGCUGAGCAUGGGAGCUCUGGUGUUUGCCUUGCCUACUGUGUUGGCGGUGACGAAGAGCACUGGUGCUCUGGAGGAGGCUGGCGUAGGAGGGGUUGAUGAGGAGGAAGCCGAGAAGGGGGCCCAGGGGAAGAAGGUCGAGGUACUGUAA